AUGUCUUUUUCAUUUUCUCACAUUGUCCUUCAGGCACAGAUUCCUGCCUUCUGUUUGCUCACAGUGAGAGUUAUAAGAAUGAGUAAUCACCAAAGCGCUGAUGAAUUGAGCCAAAAUGAUUGUUAUGUGGCGUUGAGGUUACCCACAGCUUGUAUGAAUGAUGCCCGAACAAGAACCUUCUCAAAAGGCAGAAAUCCAGUCUGGAAUGAAACUUUCUUCUUUAGGAUCCAGAAUGUAGUUAAGAACAUCCUAGAACUAAAUGUAUGUGAUGAAGAUGAUGAACAGCUUUGCACAGUUCUUUUUGAUACAUCUUAUCUGCAGCUUGGAAAAACACGUUGGUACAAUUUUGCAUUGAAUGAAAAGAAAGAUGAGCAUCUAGAAGUGGAGUUCACCAUGGAAUGCAUGCCAAAUAUCCCCGAACUCCUUGCUUCAAAUGGUAUACUGGUGUCUCGGGAACUUUGCUGCUUAAAAGUAGAAGUGUGUGGAAGACGAUGGAGGAAGACAAGCAGAAAGAGAAGCUUCACAUUUAAAGUGAAAGGGUCUGCUCAAGACACUCGGAUUGUUGUACUGGAUUCACCAUCCCCAGCUUCCACUGUGUUCCACUAUGCCAAGUAUUGUUACCCCCAAAUGGAAGUUCUACUGCCAAAGAAUAGCAUUUCUUCCUGUUGUUCCUCAAAUAAAGGAAUAAAGGACACUCUGAAUGUACCUUUGAAUCGACUAGCCAUGGGAGAGAGAGUAAAAAUAGCACACGACAAAGCAUAUGAUAUAUUUGUGACACCAGAAAACUGUCAGAAGGACCUAGAUGUGCGCUUGGGAACUGGUCUAUGUGCAGAGGAGCAGGAUUUCAUCUGUAAGCGAAAGAGACAUGUUGCUGCUGCACUGAAAAAACUUCUACAUCUGAAAGAAGAUCUGCAUGAUGAUGAGGUCCCGAUAGUGGCUGCAAUGACAACCGCGGGGGGCGCGAGAUCAAUGACUGCAAUGUGUGGAAGUGUACAAGCUCUGCAGAAGCUGAAUGUCCUUGACUGCAUUUCAUAUAUUACUGGUUUAUCUGGCACGACAUGGACUAUGGUACAUUUAUAUGAGGACCCACAGUGGUCAAGCAAGGAUUUGCAAGGUCACAUCAGUGAUAUGCGAAAACAUAUGGUGAAAUGUAAAAUGUGCUGUUUUUCUGUGGAGAACUUGAAAUACUAUGAAAAAGAAAUGUGCCAGAGGCAGCAACAGGGUCAUGACACAACUUUUUCAGAUCUCUGGGGGCUCCUUAUUGAAACCAUGCUUCAUGAUAAGCCAGAUCCCUGCAAACUCUCCGAUCAACGAAAGGCAGUGAAUUGGGGUCAGAACCCUCUCCCCAUCUACCUUGCUCUUAAUUCCAAAGAAAGUUACAGCACUCUUGAUUUUAAAGAGUGGGUAGAGUUCACACCCUAUGAAGUAGGAUUCCAGAAAUAUGGAGCUUAUGUUCGGGCUGAAGAUUUUGGAAGCGAGUUCUUCAUGGGUCAUUUAAUAAGGAAGAUCCCAGAAUCUCGAAUCUGCUAUUUGCAAGGCACAUGGAGUAAUAUAUUUGCCCAGAAUAUCCUGGAUGCCUUAUAUUUAGCAGACACUUCAGAGGACUUCUGGCACACAUGGACAAGAGACAGAGUGAUUAAUUUGGAUGAAGAUACUUUUCCCACUCUGCCUAAGAGGCCACAUGUGCGAUCACCACGUCUCUUCAUCCCCAGUGGCAGUCUCACAAAAGCGCUUCGAGAUAUUGUAACAAUGCGCCCAGUGGUUUCACAAUAUCAUAAUUUCAUGAAGGGCCUGCAGUUGAAUAAUAAAUACGUAGAGAAUGAUAACUUUUGUACCUGGAAAGAUACCGUACUAGAUUGUUCUCCCAAUCGACUGAGUGACCCAGUAGACUAUCUGCAACUUGUUGACACAGCUUUCUUCAUCAAUACCAGCUGCCCACCUCUUCUGAGGCCAGAGAGGAAAGUGGAUCUUAUUUUGCAUUUGAAUUAUAGUGGAGGAUUACAGACAUUGCCAUUGGACUUAUCUGAAAAGUACUACAGAAAGCAGGGUAUCCCAUACCCCAAGACUGGGCUGAGUGAAGAAGAGAGGGAGCAUCUCAAGGAGUGCUAUCUCUUUAAUGAGGGAGACAAUUCAAAGGCUCCCAUGUUGCUGUAUUUCCCACUGGUGUGCGACACUUUUCAAAAAUACAAAGCACCCGGUGUGGAACGCAGUCCUGAUGAAAUGGAAGACGGCCAAGCGGAUGUCACCAGCACUAUAUUUUCCCCUUAUGCCACUGGUGUGCUGGAGUAUUCAGAGGAGAAUUUCAACAAGCUGGUGAAUUUGACCAGCUAUAAUAUCCUCAAUAAUGAAUCUAUGAUUCUGAAGGCUCUGCGUAUUGCUGUGGAGCGAAAGAAACAGCAGAGGAGACAGUCUUUAUUUUCAACAUGUUAAUCAC